AGCUCCUUUUGUAUGUUUUUCCAUUUAUUGAUUGGUGUCUAUUUUGCACUCCUGAUAUUCUGGAGAGUCACCCCUUGAUUGCUGCACACUUUUUUCCUGACCAGUGGCUGAGUUGUAGUUUGUACCACCAAAAGAUUCACUGAGUUUUCACAUCUUUUCGUAUUUUCCAUUCAUUUCCCAUGUCUGUCAUUUUUCAAGCCAGAGGCACUCUGAAGCGCAUCUCAAACUCGCUAGAGACGGGGGGGAGAAUGUCCAGAGCUUCACCUUGAGGACAUACUGAUUUGUGCUUCUGGACUUUCAGAGAUUUCUUCUCUUGGAUUUCCAGUUAACCCUAGAGUGGAAAGAAUGGUAUCUAGGGUUGCCACCUUCAAUACAGAAAAAUAAGGGACGUCUGUGGGGGGGAGGUGGUUGGGACACACCUUGGGGCCACGAUGACCACAGGUCCGAUGACGUGCCAGUGGUGUUACUCGACUCAAUUAGCCUACUGCCGUCCUGAACACGCCACGCUACCUUCAGCACCGCCACCAACGACCUCACCAGCCACGCUACCUUCAGCCCCAGUGACAGGAGCGACCUCACCAGCCACGCUACCUUCAGCCCCAGUGACAGGAGCGACCUCACCAGCCACGCUACCUUCAGCACCACCACCAGCGACCUCACCAGCCACGCCACCUUCAGCCCCAGUGACAGGAGCGACCUCACCAGCCACGCUACCUUCAGCACCAGUGACAGGAGCGACCUCACCAGCCACGCUACCUUCAGCACCAGUGACAGGAGCGACCUCACCAGCCACGCUACCUUCAGCACCAGUGACAGGAGCGACCUCACCAGCCACGCUACCUUCAGCACCAGUGACAGGAGCGACCUCACCAGCCACGCUACCUUCAGCCCCAGUGACAGGAGCGACCUCACCAGCCACGCUACCUUCAGCCCCAGGGACAGGAGCGACCUCACCAGCCACGCUACCUUCAGCCCCAGGGACAGGAGCGACCUCACCAGCCACGCUACCUUCAGCCCCAGGGACAGGAGCGACCUCACCAGCCACGCUACCUUCAGCCCCAGGGACAGGAGCACCCUCACCAGCCACGCUACCUUCACCACCGCCACCAACGACCUCACCAGCCACGCUACCUUCAGCCCCAGGGACAGGAGCACCCUCACCAGCCACGCUACCUUCAGCACCGCCACCAGCGACCUCACCAUCCACGCUACCUACAGCCCCAGGGACAGGAGCACCCUCACCAGCCACGCUACCUUCAGCCCCAGUGACAGGAGCAACCUCACCAACCACGCUACCUUCAGCCCCAGUGACAGGAGCACCCUCACUAGCCACGCUACCUUCAGCCCCAGUGACAGGAGGAACCUCACCAGCCACGCUACCUUCAGCCCCAGGGACAGGAGCAACCUCACCAGCCACGCUACCUUCAGCCCCAGGGACAGGAGCACCCUAUCCAGCCACGCUACCUUCAGCACCGCCACCAACGACCUCACCAGCCACGCUACCUUCAGCACCGCUACAUUCAGCACCGCCACCAGCGACCUCACCAGCCACGCUACCUUCAGCCACGCAACCUUGAGCCCCAGUGACAGGAGCACCCUCACCAGCCACGCUACCUUCAGCACCGCCACCAGCGACCUCACCACCUUCAGCACCAGCGUCAGCAACACCCUCAACAACCACGCCACCUUCACCAUCAAUUUCAAUCAACACAAGAUCAUCUUCCCAAUCUUCAUUCUGCUGAGCUUUAGUCGGGUGGAUUAUGCAAGUCACCAGUGAGACGUCGUUGAUGGUCAUUUCGAACUCGGAACGAUUAAGGAAAUGUUCUUCAAUGGACUCCAGAUCGUUGGGUGAAUGCUUUAUGCCGUAUUUGUCAAAGUAAGCAGUUAGGCAUAAAUCUGACAGAGUCAGCGAGUUAUCUCCAUGAUGUGUUGUAAGAACAAGAAUUCUGCCGUAGGUUGACUUGUAGAAAGAUGAUCUUUGCAUUAGUUUGCAAGAUUCACAUCUCUGUGUAAUGGAUUUUGGAAUAAAAUUAUUCUGCGGGCUGUGGCACUUUGGACAGCGAUGUCGGGCUAUAAUUUGAAUACCGGAGAUCGUCGUCUCUAUCAGAAAUAAGGCUGUCCCAGAGCGUGAGCUUCAUUUCUCCGGUCCCGUCGCUGACCCAUAUCUCCUUCAGUUCACACUCCUCUUUCUUGACCAGCACGAUUUUGCUAACCGCUGCACGGGACAUCACUUUUGCUUCCAGCUCACCUACCUGCAAGUACAUAAAAACAAGAUAUAGCAUAGGCUACUUACAUUUUGUCUGGGCCCCAUAGCUUUAACAUCGGCUACACUCAGCCUUGUACUGCUUGGAGGUGCGCUGUUGGAGAACGCUCACAACAUCAAGACAUGUGGCUCUAUUACAGAUCACAUUGAAUCCAUUAGUAUCGGAGUAGCCUGCAGAAAUACAACAAAAGACAGAGAUAGUUUUUCCAUCGAGAAGCUCACAACUCUAUGAAACUCCCUCCUUCCGCUCUGAAUCACAGCGGUAAAAUACUUAUUUUUCUUUUUUGAGUUUUUCGCUGGAGAAACGUUGUGUAGAUACCCUUCUACGUCCCAAUCCUCCUCUCUACGUUUCGCAGGGCUGGCCAUAGUUAUCUCAGGUAACUAUUGCCUACUCUCUCCGCGUUCGAUCGACAAUGGUGCAGAUACUCAGCCAGCAAAGUAUAAUAUGACCUGAUGUUAUUGGUUAGUUACUUUGAACCUACAUGAUAUCAAAGCGAUGUUUUAUUUGACAUUAACAUGAAAGCCCCACACAAGUUCUCUCGUGGGCCUACCUAUAACAUCUGUGAAUGUUGAAAAAAAGUCAUUGAACUUAGACUCUCAUUGCUGAACAUGCAGACUUGUUAUGUCUGAUUCUAGUCGCUUUGAUGUUAGAUAUUAAAUCGUUGAUUUAAAGCCUAGCCUAUAUAUCAGAGCUAUAAUUUGUCAAACUAUGGAAUUAUGGAAGUGUUGAACUAAAUUUAAGUGACAGAACAAAUAUGCCCUACUUAAAUGUUGAAAUAUUAAUACAGCCUAUCACAAAGUGAUUAUCUGCAAAAAACUGAUUGCCGUCCGUGCACUGUCAAAAAUUUUGCCGUUAAAUAACAGUAAUUUUCUGGCAGCAGGGGUGCCAGUAAAGUACUGUUAAUUUACAGCUCUUAACCAUUAAUUUACCACUCUUAUUUUUUAACAGUA